UGCAUAAAGCGAUAAACUAUGGGAGAAAAGUUAAAGGACGUCAAAUGUUUUAAAGUUUAAUUUACGUAAAAUAUGACUUAAAAGUUAAUUACGUCAAAUGAUGUUUUAAAAAGUAUAAAUACGCGUCAACCAAAGAAAAAAUUUCAGUCUCUUAUAGCCUCAUAGAGGUUGAAGACAUAAAGACAAAGAUAUGAAAAAUAAAAAAAAAGAAUAUAUAUUACGCAGAUUUCUUUAAAAGAAUGGAGAAAGAAAAAUAAAAAUUAAGCUGUAUGGUAAAAUGAAAAAAAUCAUUUUGUGGUUUAUCAAAGAUACAACAUUACCGAUAAGCUGUGAUGACGACAAACAAGAACCCCCACCUGCUUCAUCAGCAAACCUAUUCAAUUCUGGAUUUGGUCAAAAUUCACCUGUCAAUAUGAUGAAUCAAUAUCCUUUUGACUCAUUUGUUAAUGAUGCAACAUCUCAGGCACAAUCUGGUCCAAUUUCCUUGCCACCGCAAGUUACUGCACCCCCACCAAUGAUAAACCGAUCAGGUCCACCUUCAUUAGAAAACUCUAGCACUGCAAAUCCAUUUCGAUCAACAAGUAGAAGAGGGCGCAAUCCAAAGGUGUACCAGACGGCUGGCACAUUGUUUGGAGCUGCAUCUCCAAUGCAACAGACCUCUAAUUCAUAUUUUGGUGCUCCAACGCAAGAUAAUACUGGCUUUAUUUCUGCAUCAUUUGAACCAUCAACAUUAGCGCCUUCACUACAGCCACCUGUCUCCGCUCCUCCUCAACCACCCAUCUCACAUCAUAUGCAGCCACCUAACUCACAUUAUAUGCAAUCACCCAUCACGGCUCCUGUGCAACCAGAAAACUCACAUCAUAUGAAACCACCCAUCUCAGCUCCUGUACAGUCACCUGCUCCAGAAGUUUUAUCAAUCUCGCAGCCUCAAGAUUAUGUUAGUGAAGUUGACAGAAAGCAAAGUGUUGAGGUUGACAUGAUUGAUCUGGCUACAUUGAGUGCAUUAAACAGUAAGGAUCCAGAUGAUGACCCUGAGAAUUGCAGAAGAAAUUUAAAGUUUAAUCCUGUUGGGAAGAAAUUUUCACAAUACCAGCCAACUGAAAUCAGCCAAGAGAAGAUACAAAAAGCUGUAGAGGAGAAUGCAUUAAAGGUUGCCAACCGUGAAAAGAGUUUAGAAAGAGUCAAGGCCAAACGUGACCAGAUUUUGGAACAACAGAAACAAAGUUGGGAAAAGAUUGCUAAAGAAAGAGAACAGCAGGAACUUUUGAAAUGUUUUGAAAAUGAUAACAGUCCACUAAACGUAGUGCAGAAGCCAAAGAGCAAGGAAGAGCGAAAGUUAAUUCGCGAACGAGCCAAGAAGGCAAGAAUGAAGAAAACAGAAAGGCCAGGAGAUCUUUCAAGUUUAAUUGAUGAAAUUUCAUCUCAAACACCAUCAUUGUGUUCUGAUCUAUCUGAACAACCAGAUGGAGUGACAGUGACAUUGUUACCAAGUUCAAUACCACAACAACAACAACAAGUCAUUCCUCAAACUAAUGAUGUUAUUUCACAAUCUACUCAAGCCAUGGAAGACACAUCAAGUGGUAGUUCAUUUGGAAUGAUAACUCAAAAGUCAUCUGAAAGUGAAUGUAGGUUAAGUCCAUAUCAAGUAAUUGAGGGUAUAAACUAUCCAUUACAAUCACCUGAAGGAUCUAGCACCUCAUCACCACUGGAAAUCAUCCAAAAUGUUUCAGUAGCUUCAUCAACCUAUGAAAAGGUCGGCAUGCCAUCCUCGACUUCUUCAGCAUCAAUGGAUGUAAGCAGUUUUGAAAUCACUGAGAGUGCCCAAUAUGUUCCAACACAAGAUCCAAAUAAUGUUCACCUAGCAGCAUCAGAUGAAAAUGUCAGUUAUAAUGACGAACCUUCCUCAACACCAUCACAUGAUAUGUACAAUGUGGAAUCGGUUCAAUACAGCAAUACGCAUUAUCAGGAGAAUGUUUCUCCAACUCAUGAUGUUGAUUACAAUCCUGCAAAUAAUGACUAUGUGUUGUCAGACAGUACGUUGCAUUCAAAUGAAAAUGUCAUUGCUGACUAUGUACCAUCUAGUCACGAUAUUAGCCACAAUCAUAAAACACAAGAUCUUCUUCCAAAUACUAACACUGAAAAGAUUUUUAAUCAGUUUUUGCAGCCAGAUAGCUCCGAAGCUAUUACUGCGAGUUAUAAUGCAUCGAAUCACAAUGUCGAUUACAAUCAAGAAACACAACAUUUCCAACAGCCAGAUUCCAAUGCCCCAGCAACUCAAUAUUUACAACCAGACAACACAGCCUAUGAAAGUGAAUAUGCUUCGUCAGGUUGCAAAGUGGAAUACAACCAAGACGUUGACUUUACAAGAGAGCAAAACAGUCAACAAAACACAGGACGUUUUAUAAAUAAAGGUAACACUGUACAUAAUCAUGCUUUCCAAUAUGCCAGUGGAACUCCAUCAACAACAAGUGUUGAUUCUCCACAUGCAAAUGACAAUGCUGCUAAUAAUUAUCUUCAGCAAGAAGCAUGGACACAACAAAAUAAUACAACUUAUUAUGAUAAUCCACCUGUUCCAUUAUCACCUGAAUCUCAAGCAACUGUGAAUAAUACAAGAUUGUUACAGGAGAAGGCUGCUAUGCUUUUUGAUCAAGCUCGACAAGCUGGUUCCAGUGGUGACAAUUUCAAACAAAUCACACCAGAUCCUUUUAAUUUGCAAUUAGGAAUGGAAAGCAAUACAGCUGCUGAUGCAAGUGUUUAUCCCUCUUCACAGCAAGAAAAUCGAAUCUCACCAGAUACCCCAUUUCUUCCACCUCAGUCAAACACGAAUUCCAUUUCCAAAGAUCAAAAUUUUGAAACUCUGGAUGGUUCAUUGCAUGUGGCUUCAAAACUUUCAAAUUCUAAUCAGCCACAAGUAGCAAAUUUUUUCAACCAACAUACUCGUUCUCAGGAUUCAUUUGCAGAUAAUAACUUCCAGCCGGGAGAAAACCAGCAAAGUCACCAAACUGUUAAACCUACUUUGAAAGAACCACAUGAUAACUCUGUUCAUUCAAGAGAUUUCAAGCACGUGUCACCUGACCCAGGAGUCAACCAAAGCAUAGCUUCUGAAAUUUCUCAACCAACAUUGACAAGUGAUCUGACUUCGACAACCAAUUCAACUACACAACAGCUUCAUAACAAGGAACAAUAUACUCAUACACAUUUGACAAAUGUGACACAAACACAUAUCGAUCAUCACAUGCCAGAUAAUACUUUUACUGAUCAAACAACAGAGGGGCAAAUGCAUGAAAUAAAUCCAACACCUGUACAUUUUCAAACAGACCAUGUUCAUUUAAAAGAAGCUGUGCCACCAAUAACCCAUCCUGUGAAUGUUAGUAAUAAUCAACAUAUUAACCCGCUUACUAAUCCACUGACACACCAGCCUCACCAACAUAUUUUUAAUAACGAAGUACUUGAUUCUCAAACUGCUUCAAUCCAACAACAAGCUCAGAAAUUAAUUUCACAAGAGCAUAUAGUAACACAAGCGGUUUCUAGAAAUCAAGUUCAACCCAACAUGAUACAACAAAAUUCUGAUGAUAAUUCAAAUCAAACAACAGGUGUUCAACCACCUGUAUACUAUGAUCUGCAAAAUGAUAACCAUCCUGCUGCUAAACUACCACAACCUACAUACCAGACACCAGUGUAUUCACAAGAAACCACAACUAUUUCACCAACCAGUAAAGGAGCUGCAACAACUGUUCUGUCAACCAAUCAAGGAGCUGCAACAACUGUUCUGUCAACCAAUCAAGGAGCUGCAACAACUGUUCUGUCAACCAAUCAAGGAGCUGCAACCAAUCAAGGCACUGCACUUAAUUUUCCACCAACAAGUCAGGCUGCUCCAAAUUUUCCACCAACAAGUCAAGGAGCUGCUACGAAUUUCCCACCUAUUAAUCAAGUAGUUCCAACAAAUUUUCCACCAACCAAUGAAGCAGUUUCAACAAAAUUUCCACCAACCAAUCAAGCAGUUCCAACACAUUUUACACAAACCAAUGAAGGAGUUCCAAUUACUGUUCCAGCAACUAGUCACGGAGCUGCUCCAAAUUUUUUACUUACUAAUCAAGGAGUUGCAACUGCUGUUCCACCAACUAGUCACGGAGCUGCUCCAAAUUUUCCACCUACUAAUCAAGAAGUUGCAACACCAGUUCAACCAACUAGUCACGAAGCUGCUCCAAAUUUUCCACUUGCUUAUGAAGGAGUUGCAACUGCUGUUCCACCAACUAGUCACGAAGCUGCUCCAAAUUUUCCACCUACUAAUCAAGAAGUUGCAACACCAGUUCAACCAACUAGUCACGAAGCUGCUCCAAAUUUUCCACUUGCUAAUCAAGGAGUUGCAACUGCUGUUCCACCAACUAGUCACGGAGCUGCUCCAAAUUUUCCAUCAACAUAUCAGGCUGCUUCAAAUUUUCCACCAACAACUCAAGGAGCUGCUUCGAAUUUCCCACCUGCUAAUCAAGCAAUCCCAACGAAUUUUCCACCUACCAAUCAAGGAGCUUCAACAGUUCUUCCAACCAAUGAAGGAGUUGCAACAGCUGUUCCAGCAUCCAAUCAUGAAGAAGUGGAUAAAAACAAUUCCUAUAAUCCUUCUGGCUACCAAAUGCCUCCUCAACCAAAUUAUUAUGCUGAGCAAGGUCAUCAUAUGCCACCUUAUGGUCAGCAACCUUUCCCUGGUGCAAUGCCAUACAAUAAUCAACAAUACCCUGCUCAACAGCCUUAUGAUCCACAGUAUGCACAAAUGGAUAUGCAAAGUCAAAUGUAUUGGCAAUAUCAACAACAAAUGUGGUAUGCUGGUUACUAUAAUCAACCAUACAUGUCACCUUACAUGCAUGAUUAUUCACAGUAUGGUGAUUGGUCAGGUUAUUCUAAUUAUGACCACUAUUCAGUACAUUCCAGUGCAGCAAGCUCAGCAUAUGGUGAUAGCAGGCCUGGGUCUGUAAUUGAAAGAAGAAGUUCUGGUGCAGAAGAGCAAACAUUCAGCGAAUUGGAGGAUUUGACAAGUGAGAUGUCAUUCGCAAACAGAGCAGAAACUCCAGAGGAGAAAAUAAUUGAGCGUUCCACACCAUUGUCUUUCACAAGACCACAUGUUAAAGCCAGAUUCUCAACCACGGGUGGUUUGUUAAAUAUUGUGGCGGCAAAACAACCACUGGACGGAGAGAUUGCGUCUGUCGACAACAUAAUGCUUGAGAAUGCUGUGGAUAUUAGUAUGCUGAAAAGGUUUCCUGGUCCACUUGUUCGUGGAGAAAGUAACAAGAAAUCGGUCAAAAAUUUCAUCACUGAAACAAUAAAUGUAUAUUUACCAAAACUUUACUCAGAUCCAAAGGAAUUGUUUGCACAUGUUGCCUUAUGGGAAUUUGUAAACUUAUUAAUCAAACAAAAUGGCACAUUUGAUGGAUCAGAUGUGGCGGAACUACUAAUAAGUUUGCUACCCUCAGUUGACAUGCAAGGGAAGGAAUCCAAGCAACUUUCCAUGUUGGCACAUCCUCCUCAGAAUUUAGAACAAGAAAACGUGGAGGAUUUUUAUAUGUAUUUAUCAACCGGUCGAGCAAAAGAUGGUCUGGAAAUUGCAAUCCAUUCUGGUAUGUGGGGACAUGCAUUUAUGCUUGCAGCAGCCCUAGGUGAAAAGGUUUUGCAUCAUGUUCAAGACAGAUUUAUGCGGAGCAUGAAUAAAACUGAUCCCAUGAAAACAUUCUAUGGUCAUAUGCAGAGCAAAAACACGGGUUACAUCAAGAAACGUGCCAACCCUGAAACAUGGGUUCAAAAUCUCUGCAUGAUAAUUUCACAUCCAACUGGCUGUCCAGAGAUGGACAAGGAGAAAAUCAUUGCAUUCGGUGACUCAUUAAGAGAUUAUGGUUUAGUGGCAGCAGCACAUUUGUGUUACUUAAUCGCUAAAGUACAGUUCGGCAACCACACGUGUAAAGAUGAACGCAUUGUACUUAUUGGUUUAGAACAUAAGCCUUAUACAGAUAAAUCAGCUAGUGUUUGGGCUCAAGAUCUUAACAUACAGUUGACUGAGAUUUAUCAAUAUGCUUGUACCUUGCACGAGAAAUCCUUCGCUGUACCUAGUUUCCAGACUUAUAAGUGUGAAUACGCGUUGAAGUUACUUGAAUAUGGGUAUCCUUCCCAGGCCUUAGCUUAUCUUGAAUCAAUCAGUCAAAUAAUAAAUAGUGAUCAAACGUUUUCUGCAUAUGAACCAGCGUUUGUUCGAAAGAUUAUUAAGUUUUCAGACAGAAUCCUUCUUCAAGAGGCUGAACGAUUUGAGGAUAAAGAAACGCCAUCUUGGUUGAAUGGAUUGCAAGAGUACUGUGAGAAAUAUGUUUCUCCAGGUCCACAUGAUCACACCAACGUAAAAAACACACCCUCCUUCGCUGACUACAGCGAAGAAAAUAGUACUAAAUCACCUGAUUAUUCCACAGAACAGUCAUCAUCAAACGAGAUAUCAUCGUCACGAGAUGGUUACGAGUUUACACAACAACCACCUGCGCAGGACGAGAACAACUUUUAUCCCGAUCACGUGGAUAGUGGGAAAGUUGAGUACUUUCAACCAAAUACUCACAGUGAAGGCCAUGUUGUUUCGGAUAGUGACGGACAAUAUGACCGCCCGUCACAGGAAAACAUUUCAACAUAUGAUGAUAAUACUCAUACUUAUAAUAAUGAACAAUACGAACAGAAUACAGAAGGUAAAUUCCCUUCUACUCAGCAGGAUUAUUACGGUAACGAACAUUCUUCUCAACCUGAAUAUUCUGCAGAACAAGGUUACUCCAACGAACAGCAAGAUUACGGUGCUGAACAACCGACUUAUUCAAAUGGACAAAUGAAUUAUUAUUCUCCAAAUCAAGAUUAUUCAGCUCAGUCAGAUUAUCCAAAUCAGACGGAUUAUUCUUCGGGUGCACAAGACUAUGAACAAACAGGCUAUCCUAGACAACCCGAUUAUUCUUCAGGCCAACCAGAUUAUUCUUGGGAUCAAACAGCGGCUAAAGAUCCACAAGAUAAUUACCAACCCUCUACACAAAAUGAUACACAUGGCCAGGAGGACGAAGAAGAAGAUCUUUUCGGUGGUUUCACUAAGAAAAAGGCGGCAGAUAUUAAGGAAACCAAACCGAAAGCAAAGGGACCGGCACCGAAACCGGCUGAAGCAAAAAACUCGAAAGGUUUGUUUGGAGGGAUAUUUUCAAAGUUUUUCAGCAAAGAAGUUCAUCUACCAGACGACAAGGACAAAUCGUUGGUGUAUGAUAAAGAGUUAAAACGUUGGGUCGAUAAAAAUGCGGACGAGGAGGACACGAAGGCGGCACCUUUGCCUCCCCCGCCCACUGGAAAUAUUGGUUUGCCAACUGGACCUCCUGGAAGUGCUUCGAAACCUGUCUCUGGUCCAGUAGGUAUGCAGCGACCUCCGAUGCCAAAUACUGCUUCACCAUUAAUACCAGAUAUGGACCCACGUCAUCCAGAACCAGCCCCGGCAGCACCCAUGCAAAACGUCAUACCAACAAUGCCAGCAAACCCUCUUCCAACAUCAUCUGCAGAAACUCAACAACAAACUCCGUCGCGUCAACGUCGCAACGUUCGCCGUCAACCGGAUAAUAAGACUGACGAAGGUGAAGAGGAGAAGAAGCCAGCUGGACCACCGAGUAAAUUUUCAAUGAGAGCGCAAGGUGGUAGCGGUCGGAGAGGUGCAAAUCGUUAUAUUAAUGUGAUGGGUUCUGCUACCAAAAGAACUCCUAUGGCACCAGUGCUUGAUCCGAUGGCUAAUUUAGCGCCUUCUUCUGCAUCGAAAGGAAAUACAAACGGAAGUACUAUGCCGAUGUUUUUUAAUCCGACACAAAUGACGACGCCUACAUCGACACCAUCGGCAGGCCGUGGUCACACAAUAUCCCGGCGAUAAAUCGGGAAAAUAUUUUAUAGCGGGUUAUUUUCUGUAAAUUUAUGGAAUAAAAAAUGAAUUUUAUUUAUAUUAUUAAAA